UUAAUUUUCUUUCGCUGUUUACGGUUAAUGAUGUGAAUUCACUUGAGAAAUUAAUGCGGUUCAUUUCUUUUGAUGUUCCAGAAUAAUCUUCAUGAACUCUGGGCUCUUCUCAACUUUCUUUUACCUGAAAUAUUUAGUUCUGCUGAAACUUUUGAUGAAUGGUUUCAAAUCUCUGGUGAAAAUGACGAACAAGAAGUUGUUCAACAACUGCACAAGGUGCUCCGUCCAUUUCUCCUUCGAAGGUUGAAGUCAGAUGUUGAGAAAGGUUUACCACCAAAAAAGGAAACAAUUCUCAAGGUGGGCAUGUCACAAAUGCAGAAACAGUAUUAUAAGGCAUUACUUCAGAAGGAUCUGGAGGUGGUCAAUGCAGGUGGAGAACGGAAACGUCUCCUAACUAUAGCUAUGCAACUACGAAAAUGUUGUAAUCACCCAUAUCUCUUUCAAGGCGCUGAACCUGGCCCACCCUUUACAACAGGAGACCAUCUAAUUACAAAUGCUGGCAAGAUGGUUCUUCUGGAUAAGUUACUUCCAAAACUAAAAGAGCGUGAUUCCAAGGUCCUUAUAUUUUCACAGAUGACUAGGCUGCUAGACAUACUUGAAGAUUAUCUUAUGUUUUGUGGAUACCAAUAUUGUCGCAUAGAUGGUAAUACUGGUGGAGAGGAUCGGGAUGCUUCCAUUGAGAGUUUCAACAAACCAGGAAGUGAAAAGUUUGUCUUCCUGUUAUCUACUCGGGCAGGAGGCCUUGGCAUUAAUCUUGCUACUGCUGAUGUUGUCAUUCUUUAUGACAGCGACUGCAUUGUCGGCGGAGUCGUGGACCGGAUAGAGGAUCCCCUGUGGAGGUCGUUUCGUCGUGGCGGCUGGAUCGGGGCUCGGCAGUGGCAGCAGUCUCGGAGGCGGCGGCAGCCAGUAUCAAUCCGGUGCAAACCUCCCGCGCGAGAAGAAGAGAAAGGGAGCUUGGAGCGGCGGCCGGUGGUGGCUUCGUCCAUGGGCAUCGGAAGUGGAGACGACGCUGGCUGGAGUGCGGUGGCCAUUUCCGGUUGGGACGCCGGCGAGCUGCUGGGAGAAGAAAGAGACCCUGGGUCUCUCUUUGGUCUGGCGCGGAGAAGAACGGGAAAAUACUGCUGCUGCUGCUUGAAUCAACACGUCAGAGUACAACGUGCCACGUCACACACACUGUAA